AUGAACAAAUCAUAUGCUGCCAUGUUUGCUCCAUUUAGGAAUGGGAUAAUCAAAAGCAUGCGUGAGGAAGAUUACAUUAGCAAUAGAGAAAUGGACCUUCUUUCUAUUCCCAGCAAUGCAGGAACUUUGAGAUUAGUUCAAUGGCCUUUGUUUCUGCUAAGCAUUCAGGAGUGCUAUUGCAGUAUUGGAAAAAUAUUAUAUUCCUUAGUUGAUAAUGAAGGAAGACUUUGGGUGGAAAGAAUUUUUCGUGAGAUCAAUAACAGUAUAUCAGAGGAGUCACUUGUUAUAACCUUGACUCUCAAGAAGCUUCCGCAUGUUAUGUCUAGACUUACGGCAUUGACUGGACUUCUGAUUCGAAAUGAUCCCACACUUGCAAAAGGUGCCGCAAAAGCUGUUUAUGAGCUAUAUGAUGUUGUUACUCAUGACCUGGUGUCUUCCGAUUUAAGAGAGAAUCUUGAUACAUGGAACAUUUUAGCAAGGGCUAGGGAUGAUGGCCGCCUUUUUUCUAGGAUACAGUGGCCUAAUGAUCCUGAAAUUAAAGAGCUUGUGAAGCGGUUGCAUCUUCUGCUUACUGUAAAGGACUCUGCUGCGAAUGUCUCAAAAAUCUGA